AUAUUACUUAUCUGCAAUCUUAUCACAACUGCAAAUAUAUGCAAAUAUUUUGUGAGAGCUAUCGUUUGACGUAGUAUCACGAAUUUCAACAACCCGCAAAGUUCGGUCUCCUGUCAAAACCAUCAGCGUAACGACAGCAGAAUGACCUCAAAGCAACCUGGUGAAUCGCAAAGUGACCUGUUGUGGUUACAAUGGACUGGAAGUGCGGGAGCUAUGAUAAUGCUCUUCGUGUGCGGCAUGAUGGGCGGAUGGACGUCGCCGUAUCUAGCCAAGCUAACUUCUCAAGAUUCACCACUUCCGAUUACCUCUGACGAAGCUUCCUGGGUAGCGUCACUGCUGAACUUCGGACGACUAAUAGGCGCGGUUCCCGGAGCAGUAAGCGUGCAUUAUUUCGGAAGCAAAAGAACGCUAUUUCUCAAUGGGUUUUCGUUAAUCGUCGGCUGCGUUUGCACUAUCGUGGCUGAUUCCGUGAUCUGGUUGUACGUGGCAAGAUUGAUUAGCGGACUGUGCCUAGGGAUGUCCUACAGCAGCUUUCCACUAUAUCUCGGAGAAAUUUCAAGUCCCGCGACUCGAGGAGCUUUGGUGACUUUGGCGAGCACCGGUUUGUCGGUGGGAGUCCUUGCCGGUAACGUGGUUGGUGCCUACGUUUCAAUGACAGUCUUUGCCUACAUAACUCUUGUGCCAACCACGGUUUUCAUGCUCCUUUUCCUGUGGAUGCCCGAGUCUCCUCACUACUUUAUUCGUUUGGAUAAAAUAGAAGAGGCCAAAAAGUCAAUAGCGAGAUACCAUCCCGGAGUAAACGUUGAGGUUGAGUUGAAGUCCCUCCAAGAUUUCAUCCAUGCGAUUCAAUCCCGUACGUUCGCAGAUAAACUUCGAGAAUUCAACGUUCCCGCAAACCGAAAAGCCGGCAUCAUCGUCGUGCUGCUUUACGUGUUCAUGCAGCUAAGUGGAGUUAACAGCGUCUUGUUUUAUCUGGAAAUCAUCCUGACCAAAGGCAGAUUGACCAUCAUUUCACCGGCUAAAAUGGUCAUAAUAGGCGGUGCCACUGCUAUUUUUGGUGGGUUAACGACUGUUUACCUGGCUGCCAAAUGCGGACGAAAGACGCUGCUCAUCGCUUCCUGUGUCGGUGUUGCCGUAUCCUUGGUCAUUUUAGGAACAGAUUUUGCGCUUUUAAGCAACGGAUUUGACUCUGCUCAACUUCAGUGGACGCUCGUAUCAUCUGUGAUUAUUUACCACGUCUUUGUCUAUAUGGGACUCUGCCCUGUUCCUAAUAUCGUUCUCAGUGAGUUAUUUGCUCCGAAUAUAAAGAACAUGGCAGCUUGCUUUGCCAGUAUUUCAGUUGGACUCUUCGCCUUCAUUUCCACCAAAGUAUAUCAACCCCUGGUGAAUAUUAUGGGUGAAGCUUACGUAUUUUGGAUGCACGCCGCCUUUAUGGUAAUGGUUAUUAUAUUCACGCUGACAGCUAUGCCGGAAACAAAGGGUAAAUCUCUUCAAGAGAUCCAAGCUAUUUUGCAUAAGAAAUAAACUUAAUUGAACGAACCUAUUACUAUGCUGUGAUUAAAGUGUCAGUGAUCUGAAUUCCUGUCCCUAAUUUCUGUCAUUUAUCUUGCCUUGAAUCAGGAUGUUGCACUACGUUGCUGUGAUUCGAUCCGCCGUUAAAAUUAUUUUGUAAAUAGAUC